ACUAAAUAGAAUUAUGUCUGAUGUUAUGAGUAUAAAAAGUAAAUGGAUGUGUGUUAUAUGUGAAGACAUGACAUUUGAAAAGAGGUGGUUUCUGGAGCGACACAUAUUAGAAAGGCACUCAGACUUUGCCUGGAAGUGUCCAGAAUGUAAAAAACUGUUCCAAAGACGUAAUACCAACCAUGGGUGCAAGGUACAUGAAAAUCAAAUGAUCUGUUUUCAAAACAGCACCGGACGUAGGGGAAAAGAUGCCGAAGAAGACCUGGAGAAAUUUAAAAGAGAUGAAAUGCCGAAGAAAAUAAGGUUGGUUGAUAAUAAUGGGAAUGAGGUUGAAGUUGUAUCUAGACGUAACAGAUAUGCUAGAUCCGAGAUAGGUGACACCAGCAAUAAAAGUACAUGUAAUAGUAAGAGAGGAAGCUCGUUGAAAGAAACAUCCAGAAAAAGGACAGAUAUAGAGAACAAAGAAAAUAACAACAUCUCAGGGCCAACUCCUGCAAAAGUUAGUAAGCCCUCAGAGACAAAAGAACAAAAGCUGAAGAAAAUCAAAGAUGUUAUUCAAGAUCUAAUGAGUGAGAGUGGUGAGACAAUAACAAUUUGUUUAGAACCGGAAGCAGAUAAAACAGAAGGAAAGAGUCAAAUCUUAGAGGAAGUCGAACUGCAUGUAUCAGAAAAAGAAGUGAGCACAUUAGAAAGAGCAGAUAAAUCUCACAUGAGUUCAUCCUCAUCAACAACCUCAUCCGGAUCGUCGUCUAGCUCGUCAAGCUCAUCAGGGACAGUCAAGAAAUCAACUCCAGCUAGUAUGUCACAAAAGGCAGAGAACGUCGUGGUAAAACCUCUUGAUACUGAAAUUGAACCAAUAAGAAAUGUUGAGUUUUCAGCUAAGACAGAAUUGGUGGAAACCUUCCUACAAUCCCUACAGGACACACAGGAAAACACACUUACUCUCAACGUUGGAGGGAUGAAGGUAGAGACAAGUAAAAACACCCUAAGAGCCGACCCUUCUUGUGUGUUCGCCUUGAUGUUGCAGCCUUUAAGUCCAUUCCGUCCUUCUAAUAACGUCUACUUCUUCGAUCGAGACCCUGCUCACUUCAAGAUAAUCCUUAACUAUUUGAGGAACAAUUGUACCGUGGAAAAAAGAUAUCUCCCUAGGGAGCAUGUCUAUUUGUACGAGCUGCUCCAGGAGGCAAAGUUCUAUAAACUGUCUGGACUUGUUACAACAGUACAAGAGAGACUAAAUGAUUUGUGUGCAUGUAGACUGAGUAACUUCUAAACUUUGUUGUUGAUUUUGGAUAGAUUUUGACGUUUGUUGUUGAUAUAAUUAGUAAAAUUUAUCUUGUGAAUGAAAAAUAUCUUUGUUGUUAAACCCACAUAGUACUGACAUACUGUGAGCUCGAUGAAGAAUGACCAAGAAUAGUAGAGUUUUUUUUUUUUUUUUAAUCAGUAUUUCCUAAACAGUAUAAAUCAGCUCACCAAGCUAAUAUAUUUGGGGACCAAAUCCUUAAGGAAGGGGGCAAUGUUAUGCCGGCUCCCCGUAUUUAUUCAGUGUUGUUUUGAUAUGCAUUUUUUUCGUCGUUGUUAUGAUCCAUAACCAGAAGUUGGUUGUCAAAAGUGUUUGAUAAGUCA